GCAGGCACGUGUAGCCAGAUUGCGGAGAGCUCACAUGAGUGGUCUGGACUGUGGAGAUAUAGCUACACUUCCACAGCUACACACUGUGGAAGUCUCCAGUGUGCAGCCGUCAGAUGAAGUUAUAUUUGUGGAUGAUUUCAAACAGAAAGUAUAGUAUGUAGAGUAAGAGGAAGUAUAAAGGUGGAACCCCAGGAAAUACCAGCAUUUAGUGGGGAGGCAGAGGGAGGAGAUAUACUAGAAACCAAGUGGGAGUAGACAGAGAGGGGAAGAUCAAGAGAGAAUGGGGCCAUGGAAACUAAAGGCAGGGGGUAAUUUCAAGAAGGUGGGAGUACAGCAGUGUUAAGUGCCAUGAAAAGGUAAAGUAAGAGAAAUGUUGGAAAUUGUCCUUUGGAUUUAGCUCCUAAGAGGUAUCACUGGAGGUAAAUGUUUCAGCAUCCCACCACCACAUUACUGUGGGUGGGGGUGGAGUAGAGAAUCCAUAGUAAUGAAGUAGAGAUGCAUUUUCACUGCCGAUGCUUAAAAGAGCUCAGCUAGGAAGUGUGAGGAUAAGAGGGGGCUAUGGGCUUCCCAAGGAAGGGGUGAUUUUAGGAUGAGAGGGCCUCUAGCAUGUUCAGAGGCCAAGGAAAGGAAGAGCCAGAAGAAAGGAAAAAAAAUCAGAGAUUCAGGAAGAGAAAGGAUGAGUGCUUGAACAGGGUCUCUUCUGUGGAUGGAGGGGCAUGCACAGGAGAUGGCCAGUAGCAUUGCCAGAGGAGGGGUGCCUGUUUCAUUUGACUGUGUGGAAAGAGGAAAGGCUAUUUGGGGAUACAGAGAAGUCUAUAGAAGGCAGGGGGCUGGAAUUUUUGCCCUUGUAAAAGCUUCUAUUUUUUUGUGUGAAGUGGAGCAUUGGCAUCCACUGAUAACCAAGGGUAGAUGAUGCAGUAAGGUCUUUGAAGGCAGAUAAGAUAUAAAAUUACUGUGUGGUGCUUGGAAGUGGGAGUUGAUUUUUGCUCCUCAUUGUGUUUUGAAUAAAAGUUAUACUCCACAGUCUGAUAUUUACAAAGACCUUCACAAUCUACCUUUUAUCAGUUCUACCAGACUACCUAUCCUUUUUGUUUCAUUCUAGCACCCUUGUACCUUAGUUGAGUGUGUCUGAUGUGGCACUAGAAUGUGGCUUUGACAGAUUAGAUGCUGUAGGGAAGAUGCUGUUAGACUAAGAGUCAGGGGUCCUGUGUCCAGUUUGGCUUCGCCACUUAUCAGCUAUGGGAUCUUGGACAUACCUUAACUUCACUAAGUCCAUUUUUUUUCAUUUGUGAAUUGUUAAUAACAAUAGUAUUGAUGAAGGUGUGUCAAAUGAGAAAACAUAUUUUCAAGUACUUUGAAGAGGAUAAGUAAUACAGAAAUGGAGAUGGUCAUCAGGCUAUCCCUAAUCCUAGCUCCAGGCUUUCUUCAUUACCACUAGAGUCCUCUCCCUUCUUUCUAGCCGCCAUUUUAAUUCAGCCUGUAUUGUGUAGAGAAACACUAGCUACUGUAAUAGAUAAACUCUGCUGAAACUUCAGUGACUUAAAACAGUAGACAUUUCUGUGCUCAUUUAAAAUCCAGUCACCUGUGGGGAUGGAGGGGGCCCACACUAAUGAUGCUCUGCCAUCUUCAAACCAUGGUUUCCAAGGUUGCCCUGGGUGUCAGUGGCCUGCCAGCAGUGUUGGAGAAGACAGUGAGAGGGCAUGAUUGUCUGGGAGGCUUUUGUAUACCAGGCCUAGGAUAGGAGCUAGUGACCAAGGCUAAAGGAGAGAUGGUUGAGAAGAGGCAUCUAUCUACUGGAUAGGUGGUGAAUUUGGGGUGUGUGGGUGUUUAUUUGCAGAAAAUGGUUGAAGUGGCUCUGAGAAGAGUGAGGCACAGGACCUGCACAACCCCAGGAGGGAAUGGAGAAGCUCCUGCCUCUAUGGGCAGAGUUUGGGAAGGGCCAAGCGGCCUAGGACUUGUUCCUGGUAAAGAAGGCAAGUGAUGCAAAGGUGGGAGAGAGGUCCCUGGGUCAGGGAAGAGGGAACUGAGAACUGGGGUGUUAGUACACCUUUGUGGUGAGCUUCUUAAAGGCUAGGGAGACACUGUUUAUCUUUUUUAGGAUAAGAAAAUUGAUGCAGUGGUGCCUUGAUAAAGGGCACACAACUAAUUGGCAGCAGAGAAAUGAGCUAGGGCCUGGGUCUUUUGACAUCAAAACCCCUAGUAGUGAGACCCGGGAAACAUCCCACUGGGAGGGCUGGAAAACCUGGGUUCUGAAGAAGUUGGUUUGAGGUAAACCGUUGGGCAUGGGGUUGGAAGAGCACUUGCGGUGGCCUGUUCCUUUAUAGGUAACUCAUCCUUUGCGUGCAUCUACUGGAUGAGAGGUGAUUUUGGGGUGUGUGGGUGUUUAUUUGCACAAAAUGGUGGAGGGAGCUCUGAGAAGAGUGAGGCAGGACCUGUUCAAACACAGGAGGGAAUGAAGAGGCACCUGCCUCGAUGGACAGAGCUUGGGAAGGGCCUGGGGGUCUAGGAUUGGUUCCUGGUAAAGGAGGAAGGGCAAAAAUCCUAAGGCAGAACUGUUCUUAAUGAAUUCAAGGACUGAAAGGAGAUCAGGUUGGUACAAGACUAAGAGGAGGAGAGGUGUAGAGAGGAUACUGGAGCGCAAAGCAGGGCCCAUAUCACUCAAGAACUUACAGGGCAUAGCAAGGCAUUAAGAUUCUACUCUAAGGUCAGUGAGAAGCCAUUGUAUAUUUUGAGUAUGGGGUGGUAUGAUGGCCUGAUUUAUAGUUUAAAAAGACCACCCAGACUGUUGUAUGGAGAAUGGGUAGAGGGGAGGCCAGAAUAUAAAUUGAGUGUAGUGGGUGAGGGAAAAGGAGGAAUUCAAGAGGAGUUGAAAGUCUGGAGCUUAAAGAAGAGGUUCAGGCUGGAAAAUACAAUUUGAUCCUGUAUUUCCUGUUAGCUCACUCCCUGUUCUUAGCCAGGCUUCCUGCGAGUAGCCUUAUCCAUGGUCUCUACUUCUUCACCUCCUGCAAUUUAACCCUCUGUACUCUGGCCUCUGUUGCUGCCACUUACUUCCCUGAAAUGUCUCAGGCAAAGGGCACCCUAGGCCCUUUGUGGUUACCUAAGUCUAGGCUUUUAGCCCUUGUCUGACUUGGCUUGCAUUCCUUCACACUGUGAGCGACUUCUGCCUUGAAAGGCCCUCCUCCUUAGCUCUUUUGUCUUUCUGGCCCAUCUGUCUUUCUGACCCGUCAUUCUGUGGCCCGUUUCUGGUCCCCAAGUCCUCAGGCCAGCCCUGAAAUGUUAGCAUUCCCCAGGCUUCUGGUUUCCAGUUGGUCCUCCUGGCUUUCCCUGUGCCCCUCUGUGUAGAAUAAACCCUAUCCUGCUCAUUAGGCCAACACUACUUGCCUUUCCAGCUUCAUCUCAGGUGCCCCUCCUCCAAAAGCCUUCUCUGACCCCUCGGGCUGGGUAGGCGCCACUUCUCCUUUUCCAUUUCUCCUGGAGCAUAAAGUAGAUUACCUCUGUGAUAGCACUUAGCACCCUGUUGACUUACUUGUCUCCCCAGUCUAGUAGUGCUUGAGGGAUAGAGUUACAAUGAAAUACCGCGUGAUCUAGGACAAAGAUUGCUUUCUCCAGUUCAGGUGAAAGCCACACUUUAUAAUGAAGGUAUCUAUACUUGAUUGUAUAUCCUUUAAUAGUGCAUUCAUUUCUCACUGGGUCUGAAGGCUGGAAUUCUGGUAUAAUAUAUUCUGUGAACAGAAGAGAUUAAUUUAACUAGAAAUAAUCAGUAUCUCAAUUUUCUGAAAGGAAAAAAAAAUGACUAAGAAUCUGAAUUGCUUCAAAAGGGCUUCUAAAGACUUGCGUUUCUUGCCUGGUAAUUUGGAUCUCCACUCCUACCCUCCCAUCCCAAAGCCUGUUACAUGUGUCUCGUAUUUUGUGAUUCCACAAUUCUGGGUUUGACAUUACAAUUGCCUCCAUGGUGAUGAGCACUAACAUUCUUGUGUGCUGAAUUGUGAUAGCCGUCAAAGGCAGCAAACAGACUGAAUGAAAGAUGAGCUUCUGCCUUUAUAUCCUUCUCUCCUGCUACCCAACUCACUGUGGUGAAGGAAAAAGAAAACGCGGGUGGAGACUGCACUAUAUGCUUAGGACUGAAAUGCAACUGCAGAAGCAACAUGCGACCUUUUAAAGAUGCUUGUGGGACUGCAUAAAGUGAAGAGGGAAACUGGAAAAAACAAUGAAGUAAGGAAAAACAUUUAUCACCAUCCAGCCACUGUAGAUAAAUUUGAUUGGCUGUCUCCCUGCCUUCCCUUCACACCCAGUACCUUCCCUGCCUGAACUCCUCAUUGAGGGCAAGAACUUUAUCCCCAGGAUCUAAACCAGUGCUGCACAAUAGAUGCUCAAUGAGGAAACUGAGACACAGCUUAAGAAUUUUGCCCAAAGCUACAAAGAUUGAAUAGGGAAAACCUGCUUUCUGCAAACAACUGAAAAGGCUGCACUUAGAAACUGUUUCUUUGGCCCUCAUCGAGAAGCUGGAACUUGUAUUGUGAGGCCCCUUAUGGGACAAGCUCUCAACUGCUGAUCACCCAGUGAUUGUCACCAUGGCCAGCAAGAGGAAAUCCACCACACCAUGCAUGAUCCCAGUGAAGACGGUGGUGUUGCAAGAUGCCAGCAUGGAGGCCCAGCCCUCUGAGACCUUGCCUGAGGGACCCCAGCAGGAUCUGCCCCCAGAAGCAUCUGCUGCCAGCAGUGAGGCAGCGCAGAACCCCAGCAGUACUGAUGGCUCUGCACUGGCCAAUGGGCAUCGGAGCACUUUAGAUGGUUAUUUAUAUUCCUGUAAAUACUGUGAUUUCAGAUCCCAUGACAUGACCCAAUUUGUGGGACAUAUGAACUCAGAGCACACAGACUUUAAUAAAGACCCAACUUUUGUAUGCAGUGGGUGCAGUUUUCUGGCAAAAACCCCUGAGGGGCUUUCCUUGCACAAUGCCACAUGCCACUCCGGGGAAGCCAGCUUUGUGUGGAACGUGGCCAAGCCAGACAAUCAUGUGGUUGUGGAGCAGAGCAUCCCUGAGAGCACCAGCACUCCUGACCUAGCGGGUGAGCCCAGUGCUGAAGGGGCCGAUGGACAGGCAGAAAUCAUCAUUACCAAAACUCCAAUCAUGAAGAUAAUGAAAGGCAAAGCUGAAGCCAAAAAAAUUCAUACACUCAAGGAGAAUGUCCCUAGCCAGCCUGUGGGUGAGGCCUUACCAAAGCUGUCGACCGGAGAAAUGGAGGUGAGAGAGGGGGACCAUUCCUUCAUCAAUGGGGCAGUUCCAGUCAGCCAGGCAUCUGCCAGCUCUGCAAAAACCCCCCAUGCCGCCAACGGGCCCCUGAUAGGAACAGUGCCAGUUUUGCCAGCUGGCAUAGCACAGUUCCUCUCCCUCCAGCAGCAGCCCCCAGUGCAUGCCCAACACCAUGCCCACCAGCCACUGCCCACGGCCAAGGCCCUUCCCAAAGUGAUGAUCCCCCUGAGCAGCAUUCCAACGUACAAUGCAGCCAUGGACUCUAACAGCUUCCUGAAGAACUCCUUCCACAAGUUCCCCUACCCCACCAAAGCCGAGCUCUGCUAUUUGACUGUGGUGACCAAGUAUCCAGAAGAACAGCUCAAGAUCUGGUUCACAGCCCAAAGGCUGAAGCAGGGGAUCAGCUGGUCCCCUGAGGAGAUUGAGGAUGCCCGGAAAAAGAUGUUCAAUACAGUCAUCCAGUCUGUGCCUCAGCCCACAAUUACGGUUCUAAAUACCCCACUCGUCGCCAGUGCUGGCAAUGUCCAGCAUCUCAUCCAGGCCGCUCUCCCAGGUCACGUUGUGGGGCAGCCAGAGGGUACAGGAGGGGGUCUUCUGGUCACUCAGCCAUUGAUGGCCAAUGGGUUGCAAGCAACAAAUUCCUCUCUCCCCCUCACGGUGACAUCUGUCCCCAAGCAGCCAGGUGUGGCACCCAUUAACACUGUGUGUUCAAAUACAACGUCAGCUGUGAAGGUUGUCAAUGCGGCCCAGUCGCUCCUCACAGCCUGCCCCAGCAUAACCUCCCAAGCCUUCCUUGAUGCUAGCAUCUACAAAAAUAAGAAAUCUCAUGAACAGCUGUCAGCUCUGAAAGGGAGCUUCUGUCGGAACCAGUUCCCAGGGCAGAGUGAAGUUGAACAUCUCACCAAAGUGACCGGCCUCAGUACCAGAGAGGUGCGGAAAUGGUUCAGUGAUCGUAGAUACCACUGCCGGAACUUGAAGGGCUCCAGAGCGAUGAUGCCUGGAGAUCACAGCUCCAUCAUCAUUGACUCUGUGCCAGAGGUGUCCUUCUCCCCGUCGUCCAAGGUCCCUGAGGUAACCUGCAUCCCAACAGCAGCCACACUAGCAACCCACCCUUCUGCCAAACGACAAUCUUGGCACCAGACUCCUGACUUCACACCAACCAAAUACAAGGAGAGAGCCCCUGAGCAGCUCAGAGCCCUGGAGAGCAGUUUUGCACAAAACCCUCUUCCUCUUGAUGAGGAACUGGACCGCCUGAGAAGUGAAACCAAAAUGACCCGACGAGAAAUUGAUAGCUGGUUUUCAGAGAGACGGAAAAAAGUGAAUGCUGAGGAGACCAAGAAGACUGAGGAGAAUCCCUCUCAGGAGGAAGAGGAGGCUGCUGAGGAUGAGGGUGGAGAAGAGGAUUUGGCCAGUGAGCUAAGGGUCUCUGGUGAAAAUGGCUCUCUGGAAAUGCCCAGUAGCCAUACCUUGGCAGAGCGCAAAGUCAGCCCCAUUAAAAUCAACCUGAAGAACCUGCGGGUCACUGAAGCCAAUGGCAGGAAUGAGAUUCCAGGGCUGGGUGCCUGUGACCCUGAGGAUGAUGGGUCAAACAAACUGGCAGAGCAGCUCCCAGGCAAAGUGAGCUGCAAAAAGACUGCCCAGCAGCGGCACUUGCUGCGGCAGCUCUUUGUCCAGACACAGUGGCCAAGCAACCAGGACUAUGAUUCCAUCAUGGCCCAGACGGGUCUGCCACGGCCAGAGGUGGUGCGCUGGUUUGGAGAUAGCAGGUACGCACUGAAGAACGGCCAACUCAAAUGGUACGAAGACUAUAAGCGAGGCAACUUCCCACCAGGGCUACUGGUCAUUGCCCCUGGUAACCGGGAGCUCCUGCAGGACUAUUACAUGACACACAAGAUGCUGUAUGAAGAGGACCUGCAGAACCUCUGUGACAAGACCCAGAUGAGCUCCCAGCAGGUCAAGCAGUGGUUUGCUGAGAAAAUGGGGGAGGAGACCAGAGCCGUGGCAGACACAGGCAGUGAGGACCAGGGCCCUGGUACUGGUGAGCUCACAGCAGUUCACAAAGGGAUGGGUGACACCUAUUCAGAGGUGUCUGAGAACAGUGAGUCGUGGGAGCCCAGUGUUCCUGAGGCCAGCUCAGAGCCCUUUGACACAUCGAGUCCCCAGGCUGGACGUCAGCUCGAAACAGACUGAAUUUGAUCUGAUUAAUAUGAAGGACUGGCCAGUCUGGGAAACCGCCUGCCAAGUGGAAGAGCCAAACCCGACUCUCUGCUGCCACAUGCCGUUCCCAUGCCCGGCUGCUGGGCACCUAGGAGAGCUUCCAGAGUCCUCGCAGACAGCCCAGAGCCUGCCGCUACCCUCGGCCUGCCCACCACCAAGCAAGCAGCAAGCAAGAUGGGGUUCUCAUCAGUUCUUCCUCCCACAAUGUAGGACCUUUCCUUUACCUUCCAAUGGAUAAAAUAGUUCAGAUUUCAUAGUCAUAUUCAUAGACACAGAAUCAAGCUUUUAACAUAUACAUCCACCUCUAUAUGUUAAAUAAAACAUCAGAUUAUCAACACUGUCAUUACGUAGAAACUUUGGUUAGCCAAGCAGUGCAUUGUCAUUUACGUCAUCUCUAAAAAUGACCUGUGUCUGUUCUCUGGGGAUUGCUGGGUCAUAGGUGCCCCUCACCUUCCACAGUCAGGCAGGGAAGUUAUAGGCACAAAGCUACAUCUGGAACCUCUUUGUGCCCCCUUUGUGUUCCUCAAGGAAGCAGUACCUUUGAAGAGAUCUCUGCUGCAUUAAAUGAUGACCGGCUACGUUUCAUGUCAGGCUUGCUUUGCCUUGUGGGCUACUCAGUGCAGAACCUGCUGUAACCCUCAGUUCAAAAAAUGGACUGGGAAUGUGAUUAGUGUUGGAUGCUUUACCAUUCUGUUUAGUUGUUACCGUAAUUCUGCUUUUUCAUGGGAGUUUGAAUCAUGGACCAUAACUUUUCGGUUAUCAGAUCAACGAAAGAAACAUUUGUUGUUAAGCCUAAUGUGCUGACCUAUGUGCCUGCAUUUUUUUUUUUUUAAAUCUAGACAUGUUUGGAGUGAGAGAAAGAUGGAAAAAAGACAUGGGGUAGGGAUGUAAGUGGAAGUCUAUAGCCGCAGCCUGUAGCUUUGACCACUGCGGUUUUCAGAGCCCUUUCUCCACACUCAUUUCAGAGCCUCCUAUGGUUUGGGAAGGAAUAACACACUGGCCCAUUAGUAAGGGUGAAGCCUGGAGGGAUUUGUUGACUUCUUGGAAUUAUCAGAGGUAGGGUGGUCUUUAGCACAAAGACUUGCAUGCAGAGAUCCCUGGCAGAACACCCAGAGUGCCCCUGGCUCCCACCCCAGGGUCUGGCCGGUGUGCUGGAUGCAUGCCUGAGGGUGCUGGGCAUCACUGGUCCUUGUGAGGAUGCUUUUAAAGUUCUACAUUUAUAUCCCCAAACUUGGAAACAAGAACUCUACUUUAGCCUAACCCUCAUGUCCUUUUUUUGAAUUGAGAAAAUUACAGGAAAUGGUGCCUUUGAAAAUUAGAAAACUUGCUUACAGAGCUGUACUAAAUGGUAAAUCCUCAAUUUCCCCAAGACCGGUUGCUCUGAGAGUAGCUGGUAAAGAGGGGUGAACUAAAGACCUGUCCACCUGUAGCUCCGCUCACUUCUUAGAAACCACCUGCUUCCCAGAGUGCCAAGCCACAAGUACCAGGCUUCGUGGGCACAGACACCUCCUGGGCUGGGCUGGGUGACAGUGCUAGAAGACCCCAGAGAGAGGGCAAGGGCUUUGGGCAAGAAGCACUGGUGGUGUUUUAGGGACCGUCCUUCUCCCCUACCCAGGGAACUGGACCUGGCAGGGCACCGUGCUCAUGUGGCUCCAAGGACAAGCAUGGCGGUGGCCCCUUCUGCCUUCCCGGAGAGGGCUUGCUUUGGAAACCAAAAUCAUAUUCUUCUAAAGUGUCAUCUUCUGCUCUCCCUGUCCCAAUAGGGACCACACUUUAUUUGUCUCAAACAGGGUACUUGGCAAAUUUUGCAGCCUAUUUUUGUAUUCUUAAUUUGGGGAGUAAAGAUGUUUGGUCUCAAAAACCUUUGAGGAACUGCCAAGAGUGGCGAGUGAUUGCUUUCCUUCAGAGAACAGACACUUGGAAUUUCUCCUUUUAGUGUUUAUAUACAUGCAGAUUAAUUUAUAUAUAUAUACACACACACAUAUACAGUAUAAAUACUCAUUUGAUUCUUGGAAAACACGCAUCUGGCGUGUGCAGUUGAAAAACUUGGUGGCACAUGGGUGUUGGGGAAGUAGCCUGUGUUGGAGGGACACCAGUGCACUAGGCAGGUGGGGCGGCCCAGACCGAAGCCAUCUCCAGGUGUCUGAGAAACCACCCAGUGCCUCACCUCCAGAUCCUGCUGGCAUCACCUCCAGAGCCCUGCAUGCACUGGCUUGAAAAGUUGGUCUGUGGAGAGGAUUUUCUUGGUUACUUUUGUAUUCACAGUUAAUUUACGACCCAAACAGCAAAACACAGUUGGUGGACAAGUUCAUGCAGGACCUACAGUGACCCAGCCAUGGGCACUAGCUUAUCUUUCAGGUGGAAAAGUACAGUGCUGCCUGCCCUAGUAUGUUUUUCUUACAGAUGUUAGCCCUGCCCAACAGCCAGGGCUACACCACAAAAGGCAAGAAUGCCCAUGUAAGGAGCCCAGCAGUCUGGACAGAUCCUUCUUCCUCUGCUCUUGGAUGAGAGUGAGUGAGUAUGGUCUGGACCUUAUCCUUGAAAGAUGAUCAAAAGCGAUGAUGAGGGAGGCAGUCAUCACGCAGGUGCUUAAAGGGACAUUGUAGGAGGUACUCAAGGGUUUGGGGGCAAAACCCUGAAUCCAGCCAGUCGUGCACAGACACACCCACACUAGCCCAGUGGCAGUGGGGGAUGUGGGAUGGCAGCAGCCAGGUAUGUAGCCCUGUCACAGGACAGCUUACUGUGGUUUUGCACACUGCCGAAGGGUUAAAUUGUGUUGUUGCCUUCAGUAGAAGGCAUUUGUGGGCUGCAGAGUUGAGAGGUGGGUGAGGUUAGUUUCUCCUGAAGAAAAAGCCUAUAAAAAGUGGCUAAUCUUAUCCCUUUUCUCUGUAUGCAGUUGGACUCGUCAGAGAUAGUAAAAUCAUCUUUUAGUGUUUUUGUUGUUGCUGAUGUCUUGUCCCCGUUUGUUUUUUACAUGGGGUUGUAGAUUGAGUUCUCAAAGGUGAAACCAGAUGAUCAUUCUGAUAAAGGAAAUUUAAAUUUGAUACAUAUGCUUUGUAUAUUUUGAUUACUUGUUUUCGUUUUUGACUAUAAAGGAGCUUUUUUAUUUUGGGAGGGGAGGAGUGUCAUUUUUGAGAAUCUUGGGUUCCUGAAAAAGAACGCCCUAGUUGGAUGGCUUGCUGGGGCCUUGGGGUUUGGUAGUGAUUGUACAACUUAAAGCUCCUUUCUCUUGGCUGAGUGACAGGCGGCUGUUCAGGUGGACCAAAGCAUCUUGACACAAGGACUCCACACUCUGCUCUCUAGUAGCACAAGGAGGAAGUUGGACAGAACAUUGGGUAGUGCCUUGUGGGCUCACACAUGUACUAGUGGUCUCAUCUCCACCUGGCCUUGGGAGGCCGUCCCACCAGGAAAUUUGUAUAUUCUCUAGCCUGAGAUGUGGCCCUUGUGGGUUUUAUCCUGCUCAGUCAGUGGCCUAGUGGCAGGUCAUGUGUUCUCUCCCUCUCCCUCUGGCUCUGGGACAUCUGUCCCUGGCUGCCUUUCAUAGAGGAAGGACACUGGCCUUUCUGGUUGGAUGCUGUGUGGAUGCUCUCUGCUUGAGCCUCGUGGUCUCUUGUGUCUUCUUGGACCAACAUCCUCUGAUUGGUGCAGCUUUUUCAGUUCAGAUAUCACACCCCAAGUGGAUAAAGGCAACUUGCAGGAGAGGAGAGCCAGCCAAGAAGAAAAUUUUAAAACCAAAUCUAGUUUGGGAUUUUCCUAAAGUCAUCUUCUCUUUUUUUCUUGCUCAGAGUUUACCUGGGAGCUUUCACCAGUUUGACUCACCAUUUGCAGAAGAUGUGCUUUUGUAUUAAAUUUAAAUUUUCACAUAUCACAUCCAUUCUCAAGGUAGUUAUAUGCUGGAGAAGAAAAAUCCUCUAGACACAUGAAGGCCCACAUAGUCAAUUCUUCCAGGGCAAAGCCAGCAGCCCACCCAGGUCAGGUAGCCAGCAGGGCUCAGUUCCCCUCACUCCAGACAUGGACCCUCCUCUUCAGGGUCUCUUAACCCAGCUUCCUUCUCUCUUUUUACCUGAGAGCACAGACCUCUCUCACUCAGCCAGCCUGCCCAGACCACGGGGGGCCACUCCCAUGUAGUUUGGGGAGCACUUGAUCUCAGAAAAGCUCCAAUGUCUGAGCAAAUGGGGAGUUGUGGAGCUCAAGCCUUUCUCCUGUGCUCAAGUCCCUUCCCCAAGCAAGGCUUCAACCUCAUCUACCCACCAUGUCGUAUUCUCCGGCCAUUUAAAUGGGGCGGCAGGGACAUGGUUGGGCCAUGCCACACCAGGGCUGGUGAGACAACCAGUUUUGAUUUUGACAGAGUGGCUGGAGGAAAAGUGGCAAUUAAGGUGCUGCUUGGUUUGCUCUGAGUGCAAAUGGAACCAACAGGUUUCUGCUGCAAUCUGUGUGUUCCCAGUGCCAGGUCACACCAGGAGGGGUGGGGCAGGGCUAACCAAGUUCUCUCUGAAUUCACGGAGCAUCUGCACUUAGUUGUGAAGUUAAUGGGAGUACAUAGAGCAUCUGGCCUUGGAGAGGGGUUGAGAGCCUCCUUUUUGGUUCUUCAUUCCUGAGCUCUUGCCUGCCCACAAAUCUGACCUCUUUGAAUGGGGACACAGUCCUUCAUCAGACUGAAGGUAUGACAGAGAAGUUUCUAUUUAGCUCUAGAUCCAGCGUAGUCAUCCAUUCUAACUGCCCUGAAGUCUAGAGCAGGGAAGGGAACCCAGAGGCUGGGGAUGAGACUAGACAGACCCUGGUUACCAUAUGGACAAGGACAGGGGAAAGCACCCCCUUUCUCAAUUUCUGAAAGUCCUAUCUUUGGGUUCACAGGACUUUGAGGAUGAUAAAGAACAUACAGGUACUAGCUUGUUGUUGCUGGUCCCAAGCUUCCACAGCCCUGAGAACCUGGCUUUCGUGGCUGCUCUGACAGCUGAGCAAAGGGAGAAGGGAGGAAGGCAGCCGCUCUUGUGGGGACUCUAGGCACCUUCCCUGCUGUCCACUUGGAUAGGCGGUGAGCCCCAGGGUACUGAGAGGAGCCUAAGCAUUUACCUGCCAUUAGUGCCUCUCCCUUCAGGAGACUGGCUUGAAAUGUGUUUGUGUGCAUGUGCAUCCACACACACGAGCACUUGUAUGUGUUAAUGAAUAGUUUUUCUUGGUUAAUGCUUUUUAACUUCUGUUCCUUUCCAUAAGUGGACGAUUCAAAAUUAACAUGACUUGGGCGCAGUGGCUCACACCUGUAAUCCCAGCACUUUGGGAGGCCAAGGGAGGUGGAUCACCUGAGGUCAGGAGUUCGAGACCAGCCUGACCAGCAUGAUGAAACCCCGUUUCUACUAAAAAUACAAAAAUUAGCCGGGCGUGGUGGCGCGCACCUGUAAUCCCAGCUACUCAGGAGGCUGAGGAAGGAGAAUCGCUUGAACCCGGGAGGUGUAGGUUGCAGUGAGCUGAGAUUGUGCCACUGCACUCCAGCCUGGGCGACAGAGCAAGACUCCAUCUCAAAAAAAAAAAUUAAUGUGACUGGAGUUAAAAGUGAAAUGUCAGGUUGUUUAGUCACUGAAUACAGAGAGCUACAAGUGCUUGGUCUUUCCCAAGAAUCAAACCUGAGUAGAAAUACAUUUAAAAGAAAAAUCUACCACAUGGUACCUAUGAAUCCUGUAAUUUGUUUAGGGAGAUCUUGUCACUCAUCCCUGGUUCUUGCCCAUACAGUUUGGUCUCAUUCUUGCAGUUUGCUUGAAACAGGGCCAGAGCCCCACAUGAGAUUGUCAGCAGGAGUGAGGAGUGCCAGUGCCUACUCCUCAGCAGGGACCCAGCACAGCAAUCCGGUUGUUCCCUGUUAGACUGUCAGGGCCAGGGGAGAAGCAGUCACCCCUGUGUAGACGGUUCCCGCUGUGCUUCUGAGCAGUUGCUUUGUUCAGAAGUGUUAGGAGGGUCAGAUUGUGCCAUAAUUGUUAUUAAAGAGAAAACACGCCCACCUUCCUUUCUCCCCUGCUGGCCAUUGUUCAUUGAGUUUUACUGAGCGCAGCCUUUGUGGAAGUCAGGGAGAUUGCCAAAGGCCUGUAGAUGCCUCCUGACAAGGUCUUGAUUCCUGGUUUUCUAGCACCCAUUUGCAUUUUGGUCUUCAGCACAAAGCCUUGUUCCCUGUGGCUGGACUGCUGGGCAAUAAGACUGGGGAGUGACUGUUGAGCAGUCUGCUGUCAGGAGAGAUGGCUGAAAAGGUGAUCAUCUUGGUGCUAAACAAGUAAGAGGCAACUGCCCCAUUUUUGUUUGUUCUGAGGCACAAUGAAACUUUAGCCAAACUCUGCAAGAGGGUCCCAUCUCCUGCCAUGGCCAGGUGUGAGAGACCAAACCGAGAAAACAGCAUACUCUAUCACUUAAGCCUUGGGUAGAAUGGGAAUUCUUUACCCUGGGUAAACGUUUUAACAAAAAAAUGGAACUUAACUUUGGUUUGGACUGUGAUCGUGCCGAGGCAGGAGUGGGGUUGCCCUCUUGGGGCUGAAUCUCCAGGCCUCAUGAGGUCCCCUGUGGGGAUGCUGCUAUUUCUAAGAUGCAAAUUGCACAUUUCCUAGAUUUUCUAUCUGUGGAUUUGGAUAAGGGAGGGGAACAGGGACAAAUUGCUUGUACAAUUUGAAAUGGGCCUCAAUGGUACUUCAAACCUUUUGAUUAUUCCUAAAUAAAAACAUAAAUAUA